CGGGGUGCGGGGGCCAUGGAGGUGGCAGUGCCACCCCGCGGGGGGGCCGCGCUGUCCCCGUCCCCCCUGCUGGGCCUGUGGCACUCGGGGAAGCCCCCCAAGAGGCCCAAGAAGGUGAACGUGCUGUUCUUCGAGGUGGAGAUCCUGGACGCCCGCACGAGGGACAAGCUCUGCUUCCUCGACAAGGUGGAGCCGCAGGCGACGGUUGGGGACAUCAAAAACCUGUUCAGCAAAUCCCACCCCCAGUGGUACCCAGCGAGACAGUCCCUGCGCCUCGACCCCAAGGGUCGCUCGCUGAAGGACGAGGAUGUGCUGCAGUCGCUGCCCGUGGGCACCACGGCCACGCUCUACUUCCGGGACCUGGGGGCUCAGAUCAGCUGGGUCACGGUGUUCCUGACAGAGUAUGCAGGGCCACUGCUCAUUUACCUGCUGUUCUAUUUUCGGGUGCCGUUCCUGUACGGGCCCCGCUACGACUUCACCGCCAGCCGGCACCGCGUCGUGCACCUGGCCUGUUGCUGCCACUCGUUCCACUACGUGAAGCGGCUGCUGGAGACGCUCUUCGUGCACCGCUUCUCGCACGGCACGGUGCCCCUGUGCAACAUCUUCAAGAACUGCACCUACUACUGGGGCUUCGCUGCCUGGAUGGCCUAUUACAUCAACCACCCCCUGUACACCCCGCCAGCCUACGGUGACGAGCAGGUGAAGGUGGCACUCGCCGUGUUCCUGUUCUGCCAACUCGGGAACUUCUCCAUCCACGUGGCCCUGAGGAACCUGCGCCCCGCGGGCUCCAAGACCCGGAAGAUCCCGUACCCCACCCGGAACCCCUUCACGUGGCUCUUCCUGCUCGUGUCCUGCCCCAACUACACCUACGAGGUCGGGUCCUGGAUUGGCUUCACCAUCAUGACCCAGUGCCUGCCCGUGGCCCUUUUCUCGCUCGUGGGCUUCGUGCAGAUGGCGAUCUGGGCCCAGGGGAAGCACCGCAGCUACCUCCGGGAAUUCCGGGAUUAUCCCCCCCUGCGCUCCCCCAUCAUCCCCUUCCUGCUGUGACAGCCUUGGGGACACCCUGAGGACACCUGGGGACAUCCCAGGGACACCCCCAACCUCCGGGAAUUCCAGGAUUAUCCCCCCCUGCGCUCCCCCAUCAUCCCCUUCCUGCUGUGACAGCCCUGGGGACAUCCCAGGGACACCCCCAACCUCCAGGAAUUCCAGGAUUAUCCUGCCCUGUGCUCCCCCAUCAUCCCCUUCCUGCUGUGACAGCCCUGGGGACAUCCCAGGGACACCUGGGGACAUCCCAGGGACACCCCCAACCUCCAGGAAUUCCAGGAUUAUCCUGCCCUGUGCUCCCCCAUCAUCCCCUUUCUGCUAUGACACCCUGGGGACACCCCCAGCUGUGGGAAUUCCGGGAUUAUCCGCUCCUCUGAUCCCCCAUUGUCCCCUUCCUGCUGUGACAGCCUGGGGACACCCCGGGACACCCCCUCCCACCCUGUGGGGACAGCCCAAGGACACCCCAUCCCCCACUGUCCCCUCCUCACUGUGCCACCUCGGGCAGCCCUUGGGGACACCCCGAACUCUGGGGACACCCUGAGCUGUCCCAGGACAGGGACACGAGCCCGUUGUCACAGCAGGGCAUGGGGGGGGGGAUGUGGCCCCCCUGUCCCCGCCCCCAGUGACACUGUCACACCCAGUGUCCCCUCCCCAGUGACAGUGUCACCCCCAGGGCUGGCCCAGCCUCUGGUGACAUCAGUGGCGGUGACAAGGUGGUGUCACCCACCCCCCCCACGGGAUCUGUCCCCACGUCCCCUGUCCCUGCAGGUGACAAUAAAUCACUUCCC